UAUAUAUAAAGAUGACAAGACUAGAAAGAUAGUUACCUUUUGCAAAACAUAAACUACAUAAUUUCAUUGAAUAAUUUCAUAUUCGAACCUGAAAUGUCAGGAGCUGGAAGUUGGGAGGUUGCUUUGAGUCUAACAGCUAUAGCCUCAGCUCAGCCUGCUGGAAAAGCUGUUUCUCUAGACUAGACUUUGGCAGAAGAAUCUUAUACAAAUCAUAUAUUUAACAAUGUAUUACACAGCUUUUCAUUUUUCAGGGAAUUAGAUCCAUCCUGGAUUAGAUAUGGAUUCUUCUUCUCCUAAUGACAUUCAUGUUUAGAAGCUGUUACAUACAUAUAUAUAUUAAAAUGUAUUAGGAAUAUGGAAUGAUAGAAUGGCUUUAGGACUUUCUGUCUUCUUCAGCUCUGUCCAAAAUCAGCUUAUCUUUAAAAUACUUUGUGGGGCUUUACACCCAAGAAAGGUGUCCAGAAAGAUGACUGAUCUCAGAUAAGAGCUGUGGCGUGUGUUACAUGGUUUGGUAAAUUGAAUUGAAACUGUGACCCGCAGAGAGAAUUGCAGUCUGGUGGUUUGGGAUUUUUUUGCAAGCUUGAGUGUAUUUAUGAAGAGGAAAUCUGGAGAAGAAUAUCCAUUACUAAAUGCAAUUAAAGGGGAGGGAAAAACAACAGCAACUUACUGCAAUUCUUGUAAAGAGCUUUGCUAAACUCCUGGGAAUAAAAGCCGCUGAUGCUUCUGGUUCCAGAAUUGUUCUUAAUGAUCUUGUUACUCUAUUCUCUGUUCUAGUGAACUUCCCUUGAUUCUAAAAAUCAUCAGACACAUAGAACACUUUUGCAGACAAAUGGAGAAGCAAACUCUGAGGGCUUUUCAGUCCAGACACCUUGGAAGAGGAAUAUCUGGCACCAAAUUUCUGUAGAUCAGAGGGUGCUUAUGCAGACUACCAACUGGACUAUUUUUCAGAAGACAGGAUUUUGUGCUGUACUUGUAAGCUGUGCGUGUGUAUUUGAAUAGCACAGCUUUAGCUGUUUGUAAAGUGUCUAUUAUUUAUUGUAAGUUAUGUGGUUAGACGCUCUGUCAUAAAUAUUUCCUUGUCUCAUUUAUUGUAUCGAACUUCAGUGCACCCAGGAAUCAAAGAGUUCAGGGUGAUUCUAAGGACACAAAGAACUCGAAAGGCUGCUUGCUCAUCAUGUCUUCUAUUCUUGGGAAAAUGAGGAAAGUUGGCAGUUCUGACAUGGAGGAAUCUGAAGCGACAGAUGAACACACAGAUGGGGAGGACUCCACGCUGGAAACGCCUGACAGCCUCCAGAGUACACUCAGCACCAAGGUCCAGCCACCCAAAAGCAACAUCUUUGCAAGACGUGGGAGGUUUGUGAUGGGGGAUAGUGAUAAGGACAUGGCUCCCAUGGACUCCUUGUACCAGAUGGAUCACCUGUUGGCACCUUCUGUCAUCAAAUUUCAUGCCAAUUUGGAAAGGGGGAAACUUCACAAGCUCCUAUCUACAGAUUCCAUCACAGGCUGCUCAGAAAAGGCUUUUAAGUUUUAUGACCGCAGAAGGAUCUUUGAUGCUGUAGCCCAAGGCAACACAAGGGACCUGGAUGAUCUGCUACUCUACCUUAACAGAACCCUGAAGCAUCUGACAGAUGAUGAGUUCAAAGAGCCAGAAACUGGGAAAACUUGCUUACUGAAAGCCAUGCUGAAUCUACAUGAUGGGAAAAAUGACACUAUUCCCUUGCUGCUGGAUAUUGCAAAGAAAACUGGAACUCUGAAAGAGUUUGUUAACGCAGAGUAUACGGACAAUUACUACAAGGGCCAGACUGCACUUCACAUCGCCAUUGAGAGAAGGAACAUGUACCUGGUGAAGCUCUUGGUCCAGAAUGGAGCAGAUGUUCAUGCAAGAGCCUGUGGGGAGUUCUUCAGGAAAAUCAAAGGGAAACCUGGCUUUUAUUUUGGGGAGCUGCCUCUCUCCCUGGCUGCCUGCACCAACCAGCUUUGCAUUGUGAAAUUCCUCCUUGAGAACCCCUAUCAGGCUGCCAACAUCGCUGCUGAGGACUCCAUGGGCAACAUGGUCCUUCACACACUGGUGGAGAUUGCAGAUAAUACUAAGGAUAAUACCAAGUUUGUUACCAAGAUGUACAAUAACAUAUUGAUCCUUGGUGCCAAAAUUAAUCCAAUCCUGAAGCUAGAAGAACUCACCAACAAGAAAGGGCUGACUCCUUUAACUCUGGCAGCCAAAACAGGGAAGAUAGGGAUUUUCGCUUACAUCCUCAGACGAGAGAUCAAAGAUCCUGAGUGCAGGCAUUUGUCUAGGAAGUUCACUGAAUGGGCUUAUGGACCUGUCCACUCAUCCCUUUAUGAUCUGUCCUGUAUAGACACAUGUGAAAAAAAUUCAGUGCUUGAGAUUAUUGCCUACAGCAGUGAAACCCCAAACCGUCAUGAGAUGCUGCUGGUGGAACCCCUUAACAGGCUGCUACAAGACAAGUGGGACCGGUUUGUCAAACACUUAUUUUACUUCAACUUCUUUGUCUAUACCCUCCACAUUAUCAUCCUCACUGCAGCAGCCUACUACAGACCUGUAGAGAAGAAAGAGAAGCCUCCCUUCACAUUUGGUCACAGCACUGGGGAAUAUUUUCGAGUGACCGGAGAGAUCCUGAGUGUAUUGGGAGGUCUCUAUUUUUUUCUCAGAGGGAUACAGUAUUUCGUGCAGAGGCGCCCAUCAUUCAGGACACUGAUAGUUGACAGCUACAGUGAGGUUCUUUUCUUUGUUCACUCCUUGCUCCUCCUGAGCUCUGUGGUGCUGUACUUCUGUGGCCAGGAACUGUAUGUGGCUUCCAUGGUCUUCUCCUUGGCGCUGGGCUGGGCAAACAUGCUGUACUACACCCGUGGCUUCCAGCAGAUGGGUAUUUACUCUGUCAUGAUUGCCAAGAUGAUCCUUAGGGAUUUAUGUCGCUUCAUGUUUGUCUAUCUAGUAUUUCUCUUGGGAUUUUCUACAGCUGUGGUGACUUUAAUUGAAGAUGACAAUGAGGGGCAGGAUACAAAUAGCUCUGAAUAUUCCCGAUGUUGCCAUGUGAAACGAGGGCGGACAUCCUACAACAGUCUGUAUUAUACCUGCUUGGAGCUCUUCAAGUUCACUAUUGGGAUGGGGGACCUGGAGUUCACAGAGAACUAUAGGUUCAAGUCAGUGUUUGUCAUCCUUUUGGUUCUUUAUGUCAUCCUUACAUACAUCCUCCUGCUCAACAUGCUUAUUGCACUGAUGGGGGAAACUGUGAGCAAAAUUGCACAGGAGAGCAAGAGCAUCUGGAAACUCCAGAGAGCUAUCACAAUCUUGGAUAUUGAGAACAGCUACUUGAACUGUGUGAGGCGUUCAUUCCGAUCUGGGAAGCAAGUCUUGGUCGGGGUCACACCUGAUGGCCAAGAUGAUUACAGAUGGUGCUUUAGGGUUGAUGAAGUGAACUGGUCCACGUGGAAUACUAAUUUGGGCAUAAUCAAUGAAGACCCUGGGUGCUCUGGGGACCUCAAACGAAAUCCCAGUUACUCUAUUAAGCCUGGCAGAGUUUCAGGGAAAAACUGGAAAACAUUGGUUCCACUUUUAAGAGAUGGAAGCAGGAGAGAAGAGACACAAAAACUACCAGAAGAAGUCAAAUUAAAACCUAUCUUGGAACCUUAUUACGAGCCAGAAUAUUCUGAGAUGUUGAAGGAAUCACUUCCAAAGUCAGUCUAAUCUUACUUUAUUUUUAAGAAGGUUAAUUGUAGUUGCCUUUUUUGGUUCUCACAAGUAGGACAACUAAAGCACUUCAUUCAUAAGAACAGGUAUUCCUGGAAAAAGAUAGAGGAUUGGGGAAAUUACAGUGUGCAAGGAUUCAUGAAGUAUGCUAAAUAAACUACCUGUUGUUUAA